AUGUCACCGGCAAAAGCUAGUGCAAAUACAACAACAAAAAAGACAACAACAACAACCAAAACAGCAUCAAGUGGAGGAUUAAAAAAAGGCAAAAAGAAAAUAGCCGCUGCACCACUCAAGGCUAAGACUGAAACAAAAAAACUUGCUAAUCCGCUUUUUGAAAAACGGUCAAAAAACUUUGGUAUUGGCCAAGAUAUUCAGCAUAAACGUGAUUUAACACGCUUUGUUAAAUGGCCACAAUAUAUCCGUGUUCAACGUCAACGUAGUAUUUUACUUAAACGUUUGAAAGUUCCACCACCAAUCAAUCAGUUUACACAAGCACUUGAUAAACAAACAUCAACACAAUUAUUUAAAUUACUUGAAAAAUAUCGUCCAGAAACUAAAAAAGAGAAAAAACUUCGUUUGAAAUUACGUGCCGAAGAACAAGCGAAAACUGGUAAACCAGAUAAACCAACAAAACGACCCAAUGGUCUUCGAAGUGGAAUGAAUACCGUUACUGCUUUAAUUGAAAAAAAGAAAGCACAAUUGGUUAUCAUUGCUCAUGAUGUUGAACCAAUUGAACUUGUUUUACAUUUACCAACAUUGUGCCGUAAAAUGGGUAUUCCAUAUUGUAUUGUUAAGGGCAAAUCACGUCUUGGUCGUCUUGUUCACUUAAAAACUUGUUCAUCAUUGGCUUUAACUGAUGUUAAUUCUGAAGAUAAAUCUAGUUUAGGUAAAUUGGUCGAAGCCGUCAAAACGAACUUCAAUGAUCGUUAUGAUGAAUUACGUCGUCAUUGGGGUGGUGGUGUUUUGGGCAAUAAAUCACAAGCACGUAUUAACCGACUUGAACGUGUUAAAGCUCGUGAAGCAGCACAUCAACGUAAUAAUUAA